AGCCGGUGAACCAGUCCCCAAAACGAAGCUGGCAAACUUGUGAGGUACGGAACCCAAAAAAAUAAGGCAAAUUCGAGCAUGGAGGGUCAAGUCGCCAGUAGUCAGUUCUCCGGCAGCCCAGGGAGCAGCAUCAGCGGCGAGGCCUCCAAGCUGGGCUUCCUAGCGCGGCUGGACCGCCUGCUCCGCCGCUGGCUGCCCGGGUACAGUUUCAUUCGCGGCAAGCGCCGCUCCUCGUCGGAGACCUCGGUGGCCGGCGGAUCCUCCCUGGGCAACCGGCGAGCGUACGGACGCAGGGGCAGGCGGGGCGACAGACAGGAGGUCUACCUGGACACGGGCAUCGCCAAGUCGGAGUUUUGCGUCCAGCUGGAGACCUUGCUGCGCAACAAGCUGCUUAAGAAGCAGCAGGAGCUGGCCCUGGAACAGCAGGAGAGGAGCCGCGAGAAGGAGCGGGUGCCCAACAGUCCCCUGCAGCACCAGUAGCUCCCCGUUCUUGAGUUCUUUUCCAUUUGUAUAUGUGCAUAUAUAUUUUUCAUACCAUCAAUCAAACAAUGGCGGCGCUCAUUAAAAUUAAUUAGAAAUAA